CGAGUGCCGCCGCAGUGGCGCGGGCCGGCGCAGGCCGCGCUCUCUAUGCUCCGGGAGGACCGAGCGGCCAGGCUGUUGCCAUGGCUUCCUAGUCCCGCCGCGGGAGGGAGGCGGCCCCGCCAGGCGCUCGCUAGCUUCGGCAACUAAGCCGACCGGGAAGCGGAAGGAAUCCGGCGCGGUGGGUCCCGGACCCCGGGGCGGAGCGCGGGGUCGCCCGGAACCCCGGAGAGCGGCGGGGAGCGGGGGAAGCGCUUCCUUCCCGAUUUGCGGAGUAGAUUCCAUCUCCCCACGCCCACCCCCACUGCUCCGUCUGGGGACAGACCAGAGAUUCUGCAUAUCCCUAACACGUGCCUGAGUGGUGCUGAGAGUUCCGGUCCACAGACCGUAUUUUGAGUAGCAAGGGUGUAAACGACAUUUAGAGCAGUGGUUCUCAAACUUGGAUGCAAGUGAGAAUUAGUUGGGGAGCUUUGAAAAAGAGGAUACCUGGACCCCACCCCUGACCAAAUGAAUCAGAACCUCUGGGGUGUGGCAGCAGCAGACAGCCCUCGGUGUGGAAGAAUGGCCGUGAGCCACUCGGUGAAGGAGCGGACCAUCUCUGAGAACAGCCUGAUUAUCCUGCUGCAGGGCCUCCAGGGCCAGGUGACCACUGUGGACCUGCGAGACGAGAGCGUGGCCCGCGGACGCAUAGACAACGUGGACGCUUUCAUGAACAUCCGCCUGGCCAAUGUCACCUACACGGACCGCUGGGGGCAUCAGGUCGAGCUGGAUGACCUCUUCGUGACAGGCCGUAAUGUCCGUUACGUCCACAUCCCGGAUGAUGUGAACAUCACGGCGACCAUUGAGCAACAGCUGCAGGCCAUCCACCGGGUGCGCAACUUUGGCGGCAAGGGCCAAGGCCGGCGGGAAUUUCCCUCCAAAAAGUAUAAAUGAGCCGGCUCGACAGCAAGCCCCCGUCCCCACUCAAGUUCCCCCGGGGUUCUGCCGAGCCAACCGCCUGCGCCGCCUCCCUGCCCAGAGCCCAGAGAGCGCGCGGGGCCAGCCCAGAAACGGGUGUCUCUGAGAGACACCCCUGUCACAGCUGCCUUUCGCAGGGUCCCAUCUCCUAGGCUCCCCCUGGGAUCCUGUCUCUCUGCCUGUGGCCUUGAGGCAGGGGACAUUGAUCACCUUGUGAUGAUUUGCAUCAGAAUCUGAUUUGCUGAUUUAGGGAAUCUGCCAAGUAGUUUCCAACCCUCUCCCAGUGAGAGUUACCAAGUGUACUUAGCCUGGGCCACCCCUCAGUGUUCCGGUUUCCCACAGUUGUUUUGCUUUCUCAUAAAACUUGGAUGCAAAC